AUGAGCAAGAGAGUUUUGCGGCACGGUCCCCGAACGCCAGUAGAUACUUACCCUAGAGAUCCUUAUGUAAAUAGUGGAUUUGAACCCACCGGUUGGGGUCACAUAACCAAUAAAGGCAAAAGGGAAUUAUAUGAAUUGGGCAAAUUACUAAAUAAACGUUAUGGAAGGUAUAUGGAACCGUAUUAUACACCAGAUAAAGUUUAUGCCCAAGCUACUGCUUCGCCUAGAGCCAUGAUGACUUUGUCUACUGUUUUAGCUAGUAUGUUCCCCCCUCACAAUACCCCCAUGGAAUGGCAUCCUACACUUAAUUGGCAGCCUAUUCCCAUAUUCUCAGAACCUUUGGAUCAAGAUUCAUUACUUUUAGUGCGCACCCCUUGUCCCCGUUAUUUCGAGGCUCGAGAUGAGGUGUUCGAAUUACCCGAAGUUAAGGCGGAAAUGUUGAAAUACCAAUCGCUAUUCAAAAAUCUAACUGAAAUUACUGGUAUGAAUGUGAGUAAUGCUGAACAUAUCAAUUCUCUGUAUAUUACACUGGAAGCGGAGAGAGAUUUUGGUUUGCCACUACCAGAAUGGACAAAAGAGUAUUUCCCCCACAAAAUGCAAUUUUUGGCUGAACAGAGUUAUGUUUAUAAUGCAUACACCAGAGAAAUGCAAAAGAUAAAGGGAGGUCCUUUCCUUAAGAAAAUGUACGAUGAGAUGUUGAAGAAAAGGGCUCAGAAACUCAAACCUUUUGAUAGAAAAAUGUUUAUUUAUACCGGUCAUGAUUGGACAGUGGGUAAUAUAUUGUCUGCCUUAAAGGUGUGGGAUAGACAAAUGCCUAGGUUUUCGGUAAUGGCCAUAUUUGAACUGCAUAAAAAUCCCAUAACGCAGGAAUAUUAUGUGGAGAUCUUCUUGCGUAAUGACGAGCAGGGUUGUCUCAAACAAUUGCAAAUACCCCACUGUGAUCUUAAGUGUCCAUUGGACAAGUUAUUGCUGCUAAGCCAAGAUGUCUUGCCAAAUGAACCGUAUGCGGAGCGUUGUACUGCCAAAAAUAGCAAUUUCAUUGAACCACCACCAAGGUUGAUUGAUCAGUAGUUUACAGUUGAAAUACAUACUAUUUCUCAUACAAGAGUUGGCCUUGCAACCAAAUAACUAACCAACCUAUAAUUAGCUAUAAGUAUCUAGAACAAAUAUCUAACCAGUAUUAUGGUUUUAAGUUGUUUAUAACAAUUAUAAAAAUAAAUUUUGUAAAUUUGUAAUAAAAUAUAAUUUU